AUGAUAAUUUCAAUGGUAUAUGCCUCAGAAAAUUUUAGGAGUGCCAUGGGUAUGGUUACUCUCUUGUCUGGCCAGCCAAAAGAAGGUGUUGCAGUAGAAGCUCGGUCAGAAUCAAAAGGCUUUUAUGAGGAGACACUGACAGAUUCAGCAGGAAGUUAUCGUCUGCGGGGACUCCUGCCUGAUACUACCUAUAUAAUCAAAGUUGCAAAAAAGGGUGACUUUGAUAGCAAUCCAAUUGAACGUGCAUCUCCCGAAUCUACUGCUGUUCAGGUUGGAUCUGAGGAUGUCAGGGGAUUGGAUUUUUUGGUAUUUGAACAGCCAGAAAUGACCAUUUUAAGUGGCCAUGUUGAGGGGAAGAGAAUCAAAGAGUUUCAGCCACACCUCCAGGUAGAAAUCAAAUCAGCUAGUGACCCAUCUAAGCUUGAAUCUGUCUUCCCGCUGCCCUUGUCAAACUUCUUCCAGGUGAAGGACUUGCCUAAAAGCAAGCACCUUCUGCAACUUCGAUCAACCAUCCCAUCAAGUACUUACAGAUUUGAGUCUGAAGUUAUUGAGAUCGACUUAGAGAAAAAUACCCAAAUUCAUGUGGGUCCACUCAGAUACAAGUUUCAGGAGGAUCACCAGAAACAGGAAUUGACUUCAGCACCUGUAUAUCCUCUUAUUGCUGGAGUUUCAGUGAUUGCCCUUUUUAUUAGUAUGCCAAGAUUAAAGGAUCUAUACCAAGUCACAGUGGGAGGCUCAAUUUCAGGAUCCACUCUAACUGCAAAGAAAGAAGUGAGAAAGUUAGCUGUGAGAAAGAAGACUUUCUGA